CUGCCUGAUGCUGAUGAUGAAGUGGUUGUUUAGUAAAUCUUUCUUCAAGGAUGCCAUUGUCAGAGACCAUUUUAAAAUAUCAGUUUCAUUUUGUCUUUUGGGGGAGAUUCUGGUUUUCAUCAAGUCAGCCUUGUUGGGUGAUAUUUCCCUCUGUCAGAUUUAGGGACAGACCUUCAAUAUUUUGAAUCACCUGUACAUGGAGCACAAAGAUGAUGACGACGACGAUGUGUCUUUUGCCAAGUGGAUGAGCAGCUUCUGGGGUCACAGCUGGAGAGAGGAGGAUGAGAGGGGACUCCGGGAACGCCACCACCGACCACAAGCCACCGUUCACAGGAAAACCUCUCUGCCCUGCCCAAAUAUGCUUUCCAGAAUUACAUCAUCUGACCACCAUCCCAGAAGGCAUUCUCAUGAGGACCAGGAAUUCCGAGGCUGUACCCGCAUGCGGGAUUACAGAAAAUACUCAGGGGAUGGGUCAUUCAAGGAGCCACUGGCAUCAAAAGGAAGAUCGGAUUCCAGAGUUCAGGAAUUUUCGGAUUCCUUUGAACAGCAACUGUGCUUUAGAACCAAACGUUCUGCAUCUUUGGGACCUGAGAGCAGGAAGGAGAGAAAUGAAAGAGAACGCCUGAGGAUGGAGAUACGAUCCCAAAAGAAAGCAGAGGAAGGAAGGAGCUCUAGGAAAGAAGAACCCAGAGAAGCGUGCAUGGCUCCCCUGUUUGAAAAGGGGCCUGAAUAAUACUUUGCUUCCACAUCAUGGCAUCAAAUGCUACUCGGUUUUUGUGAGCCCUAGCACACCAUUUCAGGACGUUGGUGGGGAGGAGGGGACAGCUGUGAAGAGCGUCUGCAGACGCUGAGUGACUGAAGUGGGACGAGUAUGAGGCUGCUCCACAAGACGACUUGCGUCAUACCCCACUGCUGCUGGCUUCUUAGUUGAGAGUAUCGUCUGUGUUGUUGGCCUUUUAUGGGAAUAAAGAGAAGAAAAGGUAUUUUAAUAGAAUAAAGAAAAUUUUUAAAAUGUAAAAAAGGUAUUUAAAGAGCCACCCACAUAUCUUCACUAACCCUUCUUCCACGUCAACCUCACAAAUCAUCUUAAAUAUAAUAAAAGUCAUUGGUGUGA